UCAACGGCUUAGGGUUGGGCCGCAGUAAUCCGUUUAGCAUCGAUUCCCUCAUGUCGGAGCACACAAGUGAAUACAUGCCGCAGAUGAUGUCUGUGGGGGGCCAGCGGCCCCUGAGUUCUGUGGACUGUUGUUAUGAUUGGCAAACGGUCACUACUAAUUGUUACACAGGAAAUACCAUGAAAGAUAUGGAAGCAUGCUUACUGUCAGCUGCCAAGGAGCGGCCUAGCCUCGUGGACACCUACCGAAGUACAUACGGCUCCUACCUGUCUGACUGCGACGGGAAGGAAGACGAUCUAUCUGGGAAGAGCACCUCGCCCGGGGUCGACGGUUCCGAAGGGGAUGCCGAUGUGAAGAAGCCCCUGCACCCCAAACUGGUGAACGUGAGCGGAACGCUAGAGACCAAGUCACUCUGGGACGAGUUCAAUGAAUUGGGCACAGAGAUGAUAGUCACCAAGGCUGGAAGGCGAAUGUUUCCUACAUUUCAAGUCAAAAUCUACGGUAUGGAUCCUAUGACCGAUUACAUAGUCAUGAUGGACUUUGUACCAGUAGAUGACAAACGAUACCGAUAUGCAUUUCAUAGCUCGAGCUGGGUUGUAGCGGGAAAAGCAGAUCCUAACAUGCCUCCCAGAAUGCAUGUCCAUCCCGAUUCUCCCGCGAAAGGAGCACAGUGGAUGAAACAGGUCAUCUCCUUCGACAAACUCAAGCUCACUAACAAUCAAAUGGAUGAUAAUGGACACAUCAUUCUGAAUUCCAUGCAUCGGUACCAGCCUCGGUUUCACGUAGUUUAUGUCAAUCCGAAAGGAGAAGACGCCAGCCAGACGCAAAAUUUCAAAACUUUUAUCUUCCCAGAAACGAAAUUCACAGCUGUCACGGCUUAUCAGAAUCACAGAAUAACCCAAUUAAAAAUAGCUAGCAAUCCUUUCGCAAAAGGCUUCCGAGACUGUGAUCCCGAGGAUUGGGCCUUACCUCCAAGUGUUGUAGAAAUGCUUUCACACGUUCCGCCAUCUCAGAGAGCAAGAAAUCAGCACAGGCCAAGUUCUCUUCAGUUACUCAGCGUAGGCCAAACGCCUACAUACGGCAAAGUAGAAAAAGAAGAAGAAACGGAUCCACUUUCUGGAACCCUCUUCAAUCGUGCUAUAAGUAACAGCAUCCAUGUUCCAAACCAACAGGCAUGCACCAUAUCUCAGCCUUACCCCGGAGAUGUCUGUACUUAUGCUCCUACAUAUGACAAUUAUCUCUAUCCAAUGAAGUCUCGUUCUGCGCCCUAUUCUAGACCAGCUAUCCCACCUUACACAGGCUAUGGUGGCACCCAAGGCUACAGUUUGUACUCGAGUACUCGUCCAAAGCAAAAUGUUCAUGAAUAUUCUCCAAGGUGAAGAUUUUAUAUUUCAUAUAGUUGUACUAUAUACAUACUGCUCAUGAACUACGAAGAAAAGUGAGAAUUAUGAUACAUCAAAGUGCAAUACAAGUGCGAGUGCAAUGUAAGAGUUCUUGUUUAUAAGUGUAAAAUAUUGCUCAUAUCGAAUUUUGUACAGUGUGUUCUCUAUUUUAUGUUAUUUCAAUAAAAUUAUACAUUAUUCCAAACUGUGUGGGUUUCUUAACUAAACAAGAUUCGUUGAAAAUGUAUUCAAUUUGUAGAAGCCAUGGCGUAGAUAGAUGCAUAUUUUGAGAUACAGAUUUACAUGCAUGUAUAUGCGUCAAUGUACAACCACAGAUUGCACAAGUAUAAAAACAGUGAUUUUAUUUUGCACAUACAACUCUACAAAUGGGAACUACAGAUGAAAAUAUUAUUGUAGCAACAACCUAGCUGAUAAUGUUUCCGAGAUUCAAUAACCUUUUUAUACACUCUUGUAAGACUAUUAUACCAGUGCAAUGAAUCUUAAAAGAUAAUUUCAAGAUAGUUAUCAGAAUCCAUCAUUUGAUUGAUUGAUUGAUUUUUUCUGGCGUAAGGGCCAAGCUGUGGAAAUAUCUAUUCUUCAAUAAUUUGUUGAUACUACAUUAUAUGUAACAUAUCUGUAAGAAGUGCUGCUGAUGAGUGGGUAACCAAUGUUUAAGGUUUGUAAAUCAUA